UGAAGGGAACUAGACUACUUUUUUAUGUUGCACGCAUCCAUCCAUCCAUCCAUGCCAGAAAACACUGUUUACAAACACAUAAACACAAACACAAACCAAAACCAAAAAUAAAAACACAAACACAUCAUCAUCAUCAUCAUCUCACAAGCACCAAAAAAACAAAAUCCCCCACCCCCUUUUGUUCUUAGAUGUUUCUUCUUUAAACCCAUUUGAGUUUUUGUUUCCAUCUUCCUUAUUUCACAUGCAUUUCUCCCACUUUUAGCUUUCAAUAUCUGUUUUGUUUUUUUGUCCCACAAAUUUCUUGUUUCUGAAAGAUAAACAAAGGGGAUGCCCUUACCCUUUGAAUUCCAGGAGGGGAAGGGGGUGGUGGUGUUGGAUAAUAAUACUAAUCAACAACAAGAGCUUGUUGUACCUUAUGCUCAUCCACUUGUACAUUUUCAAGAUUUUGUUAACAACAACAAGAGGAACCACAACAACUACAAGUACAUCAUUAACGAACCAACUUCUGUCCUGGAUAACAUCACCACCAGCCCAAGCCCACCUGCUUCAACCUCCACCCUGUCUUCCUCUCACGGCGGCGCUGACACCGCCGCCGUGGCGCCGCUUUCUUCCAAAUGGCCGGAAAAUCAAGAAACCACCACCACCACCACUUCCAAUGCCGGAGUUCUUGACCUCCACCACUUCCCACCACCGCCGGUAGGAAUCACCACCGGAAAUGAAAAAUGUGACUGGGAAAAUGGGGAUUCCGGCCAAGAUCAGGCCAUGCUCCGGUGGAUCAUGGGUGAUGUUGAAGACCCAUCUUUGGGUUUAAAUAAACUCCUUUCAACUGCCGCCGCCGGUGGUGGUGGUGGUGGUCCGGCGGACUUUGAGUUUAACGGUGGGUUUGGUGUUGUAGAUCAAGGGUUUAAUUUUGUAUCUCUUGAUUCCGGCAACUUAUCUUCAAACCCUCAUAUUUCACCGGCGCCGGAGAUGUUUAACCACCAAACCCACCAUCAAAAUCAAAUCUUUUCACCGUUAAACGACACCCAAAUGCUCCCUCUUGACAUUAAACCAAAUCUUUUCAACACCCACCUGCCAUUCGAACAACAGUUCUUGAUGCCAAGAAACAACCCAGUAAGCAUAGAGUACAACCCUCCAAUGCACAAGAACCCGCUGCUUGAAUUGGGUUCCACUCAACUUCAAAAAUCACCAAAGCAACAGCAGCAACAGGGGAUCAUUGACCAGCUUUUCAAAGCAGCAGAUCUGAUCCAAACAGCGAAUAAUCCGAUACUCGCGCAAGGGAUAUUGGCGCGGCUCAAUCAUCAGCUUUCACCAGUCGGUAAGCCUUUCGAAAGGGCUGCUUUUUAUUUCAAGGAAGCUCUUCAGUUACUCAUACAUUCAGUGCUAAACAACAUCAACCCUCCUCAACUUCCUACCACCACUGCUUGUAAUUCCCCUUUUAGUUUAAUCUUUAAGAUUGGUGCUUACAAAUCAUUCUCAGAAGUUUCCCCUUUCAUUCAGUUUGCUAACUUCACUUGCAACCAAGCAUUACUCGAAUCCCUCAACGGGUUCGAUCAGAUUCAUAUUAUCGAUUUCGAUAUCGGGUAUGGCGGUCAAUGGGCUUCUCUUAUGCAAGAGCUUGCUUUAAGGAACAAUGGUGUGUCCUACAUUAAGAUUACUGCUUUUGUGUCACCAUCAACUCAUGACCAGCUCGAACUCGGGUUGACCCGAGAGAAUUUGAUCCAUUUUGCAAGUGAAAUCAAUGUUGGGUUUGACUUGGAAAUAGUCAACAUUGAUGUUCUUGCUUCUGCUUCAUGGUCUUUACCCUUUCAUUUGUCUGAUAAUGAAGCCAUUGCUGUGAAUCUUCCAAUUCAUGUGUUUUCCAAUCACCAAACUCAGAUUCCGGCUGUGCUACGUUUCGUUAAAAGUUUAAGCCCGAAAAUCGUGGUUUCGGUUGACCGUGGGUGUGACCGGACUGAUUUAUCGUUUUCGAGUCAUUUAAUACAUGCCCUUCAAUCGUAUUCGAACUUACUCGAGUCGCUUGAUGCGGUCAACAUGAACCUUGACUCGUUGCAGAAGAUCGAGCGGUUCUUGGUUCAGCCCGCUGUGGAAAAGAUCGUAUUGGGCCGGUUUCUUUAUCCAGACAAGACUCAGCAUUGGCGAAACCUUUUCUUAUCAGCUGGAUUUUCGCCGUUGUUGUUCAGUAACUUUACCGAAAGUCAAGCGGAAUGUCUGGUCAAAAGGACUCCUGUUCGCGAGUUUCAUGUCGAGAAGAGGCACUCGUCGCUCGUGCUUUGCUGGCAACGUCGGGAGCUUGUGUCGGUUUCCGCUUGGAAGUGCUAAAAGGUGUCGAUUAUCGAAAGUUUGUUGACUUGUUGACUUUUUGGCGAAGGUUACUUAUGCUCAUGUUGCUAAUUUAUAAUCGAAGAAAGAACAUGAUAUGGUAGUUAAUGUUCUUAGUAUUUGAUAUGAUUAUGAAUGUAUUACUGUUAAUGAUGUUUUUUGGGCCAUUUAUGGCAGCUAAAAACUGUUAAUCUUGAUUCUAAUUAUGAUAAGGUAAUGUCUUUCGUUAUGAAAUCA